AUGCAAAGCGAGAGUGGUGUUACUGCGCCGAUGCAAAAACUGGAAGGGAGGCACCGAACUCACGCAAAGGAACGGGAGAGAACAAAUACAUCAUCUGUGGAAGUACAAAUAAUUCCAUUGACCCCAACGAACUUUUCUAUGCCGACGCUAUCUUACAACAGCGGGAACGCUACUCAGUCGCAAGCCCGACAUGCAAACUGGACAAAAGUAAGGGCGUGGCUUGUCAAGGUCAAGGUGCCAAGCCUUCAGUUAGGUUCUAGUUCGAUUUACAACACGCUCUACCUGCGCUAG